GCCUCACCAAAAAUUGUACGAUACAUUCCCGUUGAAGCCUGCUUCUGAACCUUACGUUUUUACCUACCGGUGCAUCCUUACCCCUCUGUUUCCUCCCUCUUACAUACCUUUUUUUUUGUCUUUUCUCUGCUGUCCUGAAGCGGCUGCCACGCUGCGACUCUUCCUGACAUCCGCCCGCCAUCAAGCUCGCUUACGAAAUUCACCUCUACUACUACUGUUCGUAAGUACUCGUAAUACUUUCUUUAAGGCAAAGCAGCAACACCGACGCGUUCGAUUCGUGUUGCUCGUUUUCGUUUCUCUCUGCGCUGCUCUUCGCUCUCUUUUCGUGUUCCCCUUUCAGCUGCGUUCGCCACACCAACGAGUGAAGCGACGAUCACCAGGAGGAGGCAGUCAUGUUCGUGCGUAUACGCGGCAAGGGCGCGUGCCCCGAGAACUCGCAGGCGGCCGUGAUGCACAUCCGCGGCUUCCGUCACACGCACACCGCUGCCCCACCAGACUCCUUCUACCCCCUCAUCGCCGCUCCCCCCCCCACCACCACCACGACCGCGACGACUUCUGCGGCCCACCACGAAGGAACUUCGUCCUCGUCCACAGCCCCUGCCGCCACCACCGUACCGCUGACCAUCGAGAUGCGUCCGUUUCGGUUUGCGCUUUUUCCCGUUGGCAUCCACGCCGCAGCGCUGACGGAGGCGCAGGCGAGAGUGGCCGCCGCGGAGGCGGAUGCCGCCUCGCCGGUGAGCUUUCUAGACAGCGAGGUGGCGCGCAUGGUGUGGAAGGAGACGUGGAACCUGUAUGACAUCCUCUACGACGAGGUGCCGCUGCUGCCGUGGACGGAGGCGCCGUGCGAGAGUGCUGCGGCGACGGCCCUGGCGGUGACCGUGGAGGAUGAGCUGCGCCGCCUCGCCGAGACCGCCGGCACCGUGGAGUUGAGUCCUCUUGCGUCGCUGCGGGCGACGACGGACGACUUUGAACUCGCGUCUGGCCGCACCGGUAGUCAUCAGGUGGUCGUCUGCCCGCACUACUACGCCGCCGCGGCGCUGCCGGAGGAGACCUUCACCAAGAUUCAGAAGGAGGCACACCCAGUCGCCGUCGCUUCUGAUGACGGCGGUGCGGUGGUGGUGGUGCUAGACCUGCGCGACUUGCCGGUGUCGGUCGCAGGCGGAAAGGCCAUGGUGAACAUCGCAUGGUGCACCGCCUUCGCCGCGAUGCAGCCGAACAGCGUGCUGCUGCGAUGCCGCGCGGUGGUCGUGCGGCUGCCCUACGCUGCUGUCCCAACGUACACCCGUGCAGCGGAAAAUGCUGCGGCUGGUGCGGCUGCCCCUCCGACGAUAGCAAACGCGUUUGUAGAAGCGGUGGACUUUAUCGGCGAGCACAUCACCGCGGUCCGCCACGCCAUGGCGGGCGAACUGGGCAGCAAAUCGUCUGCCGCGCAAUCUCCGCCGAUUGCAAUGGUGGGCAGCGCACCGGAGGCGAUGACCGCGUGCCUGCGUGCGCUGAUGGCGCCAUCGCCAUCGUCGUCGUCGUCUCCCUCAUCAGCGGCGCCCGCCGGCGUCGUGGUGUUCUACGGCGAUCACCUCGGUCUUGACACUUCCGGCGAGUGCGGUGCGGCCCACGAACUGGACGCACGCAAGGCGGCGGAGUACGCAUCCAUCGGCGAAGCCAGCGCCUGCGUGGGGACCGUCGAGACGGUGCCGGUGCCGCUGAAGGCCCUGCUGGACGGCGGCGAGGAGCCGUGGGAUGAGUACACGCUGAAGGAGCGUCAGCGGCUCAACUUCUGCCCCUGCUGCGGGGUCUGCGGUAACGACGAGGAGGAGGGCGACGGUGCAGAUCAUGGCCACGGCCACGGCCACCUUCACUAA